AGCGUCGCUGUCGUCGUUUAAAAGUUGUGCAUAGUUUUAUUAUUUAUUUACAACACGCAAAAUUCUCUUUAUUGUUUUGUAAGAUAGUUGUGCAAGCCAAUUAAAAAUUGGUUCACUUUAUAUUAUUUUUUGUUACCGGAACAGCUUAACAUUUCGCUUUGCUAAGUGCUACAAAGCCGUGCCAGUGGAAGUGUAUGUGUGCGUGUAUUGGUUUUGUGCUUGCCUUAUACGAGCUACGAGCCUGUGAAAAAUCGAAGUUAUUGCAUUACGUUGCUCCAGCUGCCCAGCUGCCUGCCCUAUGGGAAUUUGGUUUACAUGUUAAUGCUAGUCGCGUAUUCGUUGAGCUAAACCACAGACCAAGUCGCUGAUACCAACCAGAGAGGACAAACAGCUCGCUACGACAGACAUGGCCGAGGAUACCGAAUACAAAAAGUUACCCGUUGAGGAGCGCUGCGUACACAAGCUGUGGAAAGCGCGUGUCGAUGGCUAUGAGGAGGCAGCCAAGCUUUUUCGCGAACUGGACGACGAGAAAUCACCGGAAUGGUCGAAAUAUGCGGGGCUCAUCAAGAAAAUGGUUGUCGAUUCGAAUGCCCUUGCCCAGGAGAAGGGCCUGGAGGCGGCGCUGAUAUUCGUUGAAAACAGCAGCUUAGCUGGACGCACUGUCGGGGAUGUUAUGUCGGGCAUUGUCCAGAAAUGCAUUGCAGCGCCCAAGACCAAGACAAAAGAGCUCUCCGUGCAGGUCACGCUCAUGUAUGUUGAGAUAGAGAAGCAUGAGGCGGUCUUGGAAGAGCUCAUAAAGGGCAUGGACCAUAAAAAUCCAAAAAUUGUAUCAGCCUGCGUAGCAGCCACGACACAAGCAAUGCGCGAAUUUGGCUCCAAGGUAAUCCCUGUCAAGCCGUUCAUCAAAAAGCUAGCACCACUCUUGGCCGAUCGCGACAAGGCAGUGCGCGAUGAAACCAAACAGUUGGCGGUUGAAAGCUAUCGCUGGAUUGGCUCAGUCAUGAGAACGCACAUUGCCUCGUUGCCGCAGGUAACCCUUAAAGAGUUAGAGGACGAGUUUGACAAACUAAAAGGCGAACGCGCUGAACCAUCCAGAUACCUUAAAUCACAGCAAGAGAAACAAGCAAAGAUUGCGGACGAGGCCGCCACGGAGGAUUCGUACAAUGAGAAUACACCACCAUCAAACCGAAAAUUCAAGAAAUAUCGUAAGCAAGCAUUAAGUCAAAAACGCCUUUAUUGCUCGCCGAAGUAUACAUACCCGCGCCUAGAUGACGAAGCCGAAGCUGGCGUAGAGGAUGUUGAUCCCAUGGAUCUUAUUGAUCCCGUUGAUAUACUCUCCAAGAUGCCCAAAGAUUUUUACGAGAAACUCGACGAGAAGAAAUGGACAUUGCGCAAAGAGUCCUUAGAAGCAUUGGAAAAGCUGCUCACGGACAAUCCUAAGGUGGAGGGCGGUGAAUAUGGCGCUCUGGUCAGCGCAUUGAAAAAGGUUAUUACUAAGGACUCAAACGUAGUACUUGUGGCCAUGGCAGGCAAAUGUCUGGCCAUGCUGGCCAAAGGUCUCUCCAAGCGUUUUUCGUCCUAUGCCACGGCUUGCGUUCCGGCCCUUUUGGAAAAAUUUAAGGAGAAGAAGCCCAACGUGGUGAGCGCACUGCGUGAGGCCAUGGAUUCGAUUUAUGCAUCUACAACUCUGGAGGCACAACAGGAGCAUAUCGUGGAAGCGCUGACCAAUAAAAAUCCGAGCGUCAAGUCCGAGACGGCGUUGUUUCUGUCGCGUGCUCUAUGUCGCACACAGCCAACGGCAUUGAACAAGAAACUUGUCAAGCUUCUGACCACUUCUCUGAUCAAGACGUUAAACGAAUCUGAUCCCACGGUGCGUGACAGCAGCGCCGAGGCACUGGGUACGCUUAUGAAGUUAAUGAGCGAGAAGGCGCUUGCCGCGCUGCUGGUCGAUGUGGAUCCGCUGAAGAUGAGCAAGAUCAAGGAGUUUCACGACAAGGCCGAAAUCAAAAUCAAAGUAACGGCUCCAAAAAAAGAGCUUCGUCCGGCCACAGCACCAGCCGCUAAAGCAGCAGCUACAGCCAAACCCAGCGGAGGCAGCACAGAGCCAAAGCCAGUGACGCGUCCUGCGACAACAGGUGCCCGAAAGGCAGUUAAGAAACCUGGAGUUGCAGCUGGUGCAGCGCCGGCUACAUUGUCCAAGGCGGCCGGUGGUAAAAACAUGGCUUCAGAACGCGAGUUAACCCCAGAGGAGGUGCAGGAUAAGGCGGAUGAGCUGCUCCCACCCGAAAUACUGAACGGUUUGGUUGAUAGCAACUGGAAAAAUCGCUUGGCGGCUAUGGAACAGCUGCUAGCUCAAAUUCCAAGCUAUGAUGCCAAACAGCCAGGCAUAUCUCAAACUCUAGUGCGUACUAUAAGCGGACGUAAGCCUGGCCUUAAGGAGAUGAACUUUCAAGUUCUCAAGCUCAAACUGGACGCAAUACGAUGUAUCGCUGAAAAUUUUUCUGUCACACCUAUUACGGUGGACCAUGUUGUCAAUGAGAUAACGGAGAAACUGGCCGACGCCAAGAAUGGUGGUGCUGCCGCCGAUGUGCUCACCGCUUUGGCUGAUGCUACUAAAUUGGAGCAUGUGGUUGGCAAAGUGCUGAGCUUUGCCCUUGAGCAAAAGUCGCCCAAGGUGCAGUCAGAGUCAUUCAACUGGAUUAGCAAGGCUAUCAUUGAAUUUGGAUUUAAAGUCCAGCCCAAAACGCUUAUAGAGGAUGUUCGCAAAGGUGUCCAGAGUACGAAUCCGACAGUACGCGGCGCUGCCAUCCAGCUGGUGGGCACCAUGACCAUGUAUAUGGGCAACGCAUUGAUGGUAUUCUUCGAUAGCGAGAAACCAGCACUCAAGUCUCAAAUUCAAACCGAGUUCAAUAAGAAUUUGGGAGAAAAACCGCCCAAGCCUAUACGUGGUGUGCAGCACAGUAGCACAAAUGCCGACGAUGAUGAGGAUGAGGAUGGCGCUGAACGGGCAUCACCUGAACCCGUUAAUUUAGCCGAUUUGCUGCCACGCGUUGACAUCUCAAGUCAAAUCACCGAAUCGCUGCUGAAGGAAAUGUCCGACAAAGAUUGGAAAACAAGAAAUGAGGGACUUACCAAGCUACAGGCCAUCAUCAGUGAGGCCAAGCUGAUCAAGUCGAGCAUUGGUGAUUUGGCACCAGCACUCGCUCAUCGUCUUCUCGAUUCCAAUGCAAAAAUAGCGCAGACAGCGCUUUCUAUUUGUGAGCAGCUCUCAACAGCUAUGGGCGCCGGCUGUCGCAGUCAUGUGCGUGUCCUCUUUCCUGGUUUUCUGCAUGCGCUGGGCGACAGCAAAAGCUUUGUGCGUGCCGCGGCCCUCAAUUGCAUUAACAGUUUUGGCGAACAGGGGGGCUACAAGGAGUUCUUUGAGAGCGAAAUGAUAGCCGAUGCCUUGAAAAGUGGUUCCCCGGCGCUCAAGACCGAGUUGUGGGCGUGGUUGGCCGAAAAGAUGCCGCUUUUGCCACCCAAAUCUAUAUCCAAGGAGGAGCUAACCACAAUAGUGCCGCAUUUGUAUGCGCACAUCUGUGAUCGCAACGCGGAAGUUCGCAAGAACGCAAACGAAGCUGUGCUGGCUGUUAUGAUUCAUCUUGGCUUCGAGGCUAUGGCGCGUGCACUGGACAAACAGAAGCCCGCCUCUAAGAAGGACAUCAUGGCUGCUCUUGAGAAGGCGCGUCCCAAUUUGCCCGUGAAGCCGUUGCCCAAAGGCAAACAGCAAGCGCCCAUACCCGAAGAAACAAAGAAGGUGGUGCGCAGCGGUGGCGGUGCCGUGGCGCAAAAACAGGGUGCGGCCAAAGCAGCCGGUGCCGCCGGUGACAAAGCAACAACAACCGCUGCUUCUCGCAAGAAGGAGGAGGAUGUGGACACGUCUCCGCUGCUGGCGGUUAACAGCAUCAAAAAUCAACGGCUCAUCGAUGAGCAAAAAAUGCGCGUACUUAAAUGGACAUUCACGACCCCACGAGAGGAGUUUACGGAAUUGCUGCGCGAUCAGAUGACAACAGCCAAUGUGAAUAAGGCAAUGAUGGCCAACAUGUUCCACGACGACUUUCGUUAUCAUUUGAAAGUCAUUGAACAGUUGAGCGAGGAUUUGCCAAAUAAUAGCAAGGCGCUGAUUUGUAAUCUCGAUUUAAUACUCAAGUGGCUGACACUGCGUUUCUACGAUACGAACCCUUCUGUGCUCAUUAAGGGUCUCGAGUAUCUAGCGCAAGUUUUCCAGAUGCUGGUCGAAAUGGAGUACAUGAUGGCUGAGAAUGAGGGCAGCAGCUUUGUACCUCAUCUGUUGUUGAAGAUUGGUGACCCAAAGGAUGCUGUCCGAAACGGCGUACGUCGCGUGCUACGACAAAUAAACCUAUUGUAUCCCUUCACCAAAGUCUUCUCGUAUGUGAUGGAUGGUCUUAAAUCCAAAAAUGCACGCCAGCGCACCGAGUGCCUGGACGAGUUGACAUUUCUCAUUGAGAACUAUGGACUGGGCAUUUGCCAGCCAUCGCAGCAGGUGGCUCUCAAGGAAAUAGCGCGUCAAAUCUCCGAUCGCGAUAACUCUGUGCGCAAUGCGGCACUCAACUGCAUUGUGAUGGCAUAUUUCCUGGCUGGUGAAAAGAUCUACAAGCUAAUUGGUCAGCUCAACGAGAAAGAUCUUUCGAUGCUGGACGAGCGCAUCAAGCGCGCCAAAAAGACAAGAAAACCAACCGCGCCAGCAGAUAUGCCGACUGGUCUCAAACCGCCAGCUCAAGUGGUGCAGCAGGACAGCAUUGAAAUUGAGGAUACAGUGGGAAAUGGCUGCGACGAAUUGCCACCGCCCGAAGAAGAGGGCUGCCAGCAGCCAGAGUUAAAUGCGCGUGGCCAAAGCAACAAGCUGACGGAGCGGAACUUACACUCGCUGACUCGACAGGCUACAUUUGAUCAGGCGCCGUCCGCGCAGGUGCUGCAACUGCAGCAACAACUGCAGCUCCAACAGCAGCAGGCGGCACAGCAGCGGACAAGUGGCCCGUUUGGCCUGGAUCCGCAGGUGAUGUCCGAGAUCGAGAAGAACUGGGUGCGCGUCGAUCAAAUGGUCUUUCAGGAGCAGCCCACAGUGGACAUUUCGCUGCUUUACGAGCCCAUCAAGGUCAUACCAACACGAGACGGCUUUCAGUAUCCGCAGGAUAAAUUCGAUCGGCUCGUUUCGCGCUCGCAUUACAUACAACAAAAUCUAACCACAUCGCCGCAGUCGAAUCCCAGCAUGGCCAGCGGCAUUUCACCUUACCGCAGUCCCAUGCGAAUGCCGCAGCAGCAGCUGUUGACAAACCAAUCCCAUUUGGAAAACAAUGUUCCCAACCUGGCCGAUGUGCUGCCCAAGCAUGAUCCUCAGCUGGUAAAGAUCAUCAAGGCAGUCAGCAGCACGGACACACUUAAAGCGCGUGCCGCCAUCAAUGAGCUAACGGAGAUUAUUGAGGCACCUGAAAAACAGGCCGUGUUGCGCGACUACGAGGAAAUAUUUAUACAAAAUGUGCUGGCACAAUUAAAGAACCUCUCGCAGCUGCCCUUAUCGCAGGCGCUAGUUGUCUAUCAGCCAUUGCUUUCCAUCUUGUACACAUUUUUCAAUGCCAAUAUCCUCGGCAAAACGCUGAGCAUUGCGUGUAUUAAGAAUCUCAUGUCCUCGCUGCUCCAUUUGCUGGCCGAUCAAAAGCUGACCAGCGGGGAUGAUAGCCAAUACAAUAAAGUAAUAAAUGGCAUAUGCCUCAAAGUUUUGGACAAGGUCAACUUUACAAAUAUAUACUGCGCCUUAAUACGUUUGCUCAGAGAGACCUGCCCCGUCGCCGGUCUGCCCAAGUUCACGGAUUUGCUGAUGAAGUGCAUUUGGCGCAAUAUUAAAAUGCUACCUGAGCGCUCCAACGAACUUAACUAUGAUGCGGUCAUCUUGGAGGUGCAUGAAUUUAUGCUAGCACUGCCCAGCACCUGGUGGCAAAAUCGACCUUCAGAUACGCCACUGCGCACCGUCAAAACGAUAAUACACAACAUGGCCAAGGUGAAGGGUAAUGCUAUAUUACAGCAUCUCAAUCAGAUACCCACACAUUCGGAACUACACACCUAUUUGAUACGCAUCUUGAAGAAUUUCCAAAAGGAUAGCACUGUGUCCGGCACUGGUGUUUCGCCGCAGCGACAGCAAUUUUCAGCUAAGGAUAUUGGAGGAAAGCGAAUAUCGCAUCAAACACAUGACACAGUAUCGCAGAUCUUUAAGCUGAUUUCGGACAAGGAUACCAAACAGCAAGGACUGCAAAAGCUUUAUGACUUUAAGCAGCAAAAUCCGGAUAUAGAUCUGAGUACUUUUCUGCAAGGCUCUAGCGCUACUUUCCACAAAUACAUUGAGGAGGGGCUCGCUGAAAUCGAACGCAAUCAGAAUGCAGGCUCCACGCAGGCGCCUGAUAAUCGUACAGCUGCUACACGUUCUUAUCUCACAGAUGUCAACUAUCAAAAUGCCGUGCAUGAUCCAGACUAUUGGAUGGACCGUUUACAGAACAUGAUGUCCACACGGCACAACGUGGAUGAUGGCUCCAAUAUACUGGACAAUAGGGUGGCCGACGAGAAUCUCUGCCUAAACUCAAUGAACUCACAGAAAGUGUCGCUCAUCCGACGUGAGAAACCCGAACUGUCGCCCAACCGCCUGCAGCACAUACAGGCAAAACUGGCGCAGAUUAAAAAGGAAAAUCACGCCCAAUAAGUGUGGACGCGCUGUAUUACUAUUUAGUUAACACUGUAUAGCUGUUCUGCUACGGAUUAUUAUAUAUAUUUAUAUUACAUAUUAUUGCUGAACAGCAACGAGAUAAGCUCUCUAGCACUUAGGUCGCCAGCUUAAACCACAUUAACAAUUUAUUAUUUAACAUAAAUAUGUAUGCUUAUAGAUUCUCGGUUUAAUCAUAAUUUUUAGUAACAAAUCGAAGCAACACUUGGAAAGGCAGGUUAACAACAACUACAUUAACGAGUAACAAUUGCAUACUAAAAUACCUACUAUUAUUAAUUACUACUAACAAAUGUACUGCAAAAAUUUAUCUAUGUAUUAGCACUGGGUUAGAUUUGGUAUUGGCGUAUUCGUAUUUCGAUUGCCUGAGUUGAGCUUACAAUUUUUAGUAUGUUCCACAUGUCGUUAAGUUAGUUCCUUGCUUAUUUUACAAUCAUUUAAAGCGUUUCCUAUUAAUGAACUCAAAUUUCAAGUUGAAAGAUUUGUUAAAGAUUUGUGUGUUAAUAAAAGAAUUGUGUUUUCCCCGAAACAUAUGUAUAAGCCUUGUUAUGUCGCUGUUUCCAAUUGAAAUUUUUUUAAGCCAGGCCAAAGGGCCGAAGCGCGCAGUGCGAUUUAAAAAGAAAAACUAUUAUUUAAACAUUAAAAAUAUGCUACAUGCAAGCUCGUAACUAGAUAACAAUUUACUACGCUAGUAUUUUCGCUUUGUUUUUUAACAAUUAUUUAGUUUAAGCUAUAUCAAGUUUAACAACCACAACACACACACACACGCAUCCACAUACACGUAUUUUUUGUAACAUGCCCAUUAUGAAAAAGAAAAAAUAAAUGUUAUAUUUAUACUUCAUCUAA